CGGGAAUUUGGUCGGAGAUGUCGUCGGCGCAAAUGGACCCACGAGACAAGAUGAGAUCACGCGAUUUGAGUAAAGUCGCGAGAGGCGAGCAAGCGCCAAGACCAGCCCACGCUCCCGGCACGGUGUCGCCGCCACCGGAGAACGAGGCGACAUUUCGAGCUAAGAGAGGAGAAGACGGCGGAGGAGAGACUGGUUUGUCGACGGAUGAACAAUUUCCGGUGAAUAGUGAAACGCGACAUUGCUUCAAUCGGUACAUGCAAUACCAUAACUGUCUUGAGGAUAAGGGAAGAGAUGCGAAUGAUUGUAACCACUUGAGAGAGUAUGUACGUUCGAUGUGCCCCGAGAAAUUGGUUGAAAAAUGGGAGGAACAGAGAAAGUUCGGGACAUUGCCAUCAUCAGUUUGAAGAUAGAUUAUCAGUUAUCACAUAGUCUCUCUGAUAUAUAUGAAGAAGAGAUGUUUAAUUAGUUUGGUCGUUGUGUGGACUGUCGACAUUACUAAA